AAACAAAGAUAAAGAAGAAAAUGAGUAAAAAAUGACGAAAGUCCGUGGAUGAUAACGUUUUUAUUAUCUCUGUACUUAUCAAUUUAUUGUUAGUUUCUUUGGUCCAUGCCAAUAAAACUCCUCAACAUGCUGUGAGUAAUAAAGUAAUUUUCAAAUAAUGUAACUAGAUAUUUAUUUGUGAAACAAGCUAAUGUCAAGCCCUAAUGUCAACUUUAACCAAUCAAAAAUGUUUUGUUCAUGAUAUACUUAUAUCAUUCACCUCAUAUGAUUCAUAAUAAUUAAUUACAGUACAACAGAAUAAUUUACCUUUUCUUUGAUAAGAACUAAGAAGUUAUUAAAAUGUCAGGUCAAAACAGGAGGAAGGGACUGAAAUCUGGAUCAUCAAAAAAAGCUCAUGGGACUAGCUUAGGAGAUGUAACAUUGGCAGAUUUUGCCAAUGCAACAGUUGCCUCUGGAAGACUAAGAAAAGCUAAAGCAGCAUUUGAUGUGGUUCGGGAAGUGAAACAUUUAAACAUUGAAGAUAAAGCAUGGGAUGAGAAACUGGAAGAGUUUGAUGGGGAUUUUGACUUUGUCAAAGAGGAAAAUGAAGAUGGAGAAGAAGUGAUGGUGAUGAAGAGGUCGAGUCGUCGCAAGAAGACCUUGAGCGAGUCAUUGGCAGACAAGGCUAGUGGCAAUGUCUACUCGUUGGACAUCUGGCACCUCAUCUCCGAGUACAUCAGACCAGAGGAUGUAGCCAAGUUCUCAGCCAUCUGCAGAAACUCUUGGAGCGUAGUCAACACUGCCACGUUUUGGUUCAAGCUUUACAGAAGAUUCUAUAAAAAGGUGCCUAACCUACCUGUAAGACUACAACCAGAGUGUAUGGUACGUCAUUACGGACUCAAAGCUUGUGUCGUUAGAUCUCUGUUCUACAUGUAUCCUCCACUAGCUUCACGGGUGGACGGCCCCUCCAUGGGUACACCCUACGAUCUCAAAAACAGACAGUGCAUAUCUCUGUGGCAGGAGCGGCAAUCCACAAAGUGGCUGUUGAGCUUCAAACUGAGAAGGAAAGACUGCCAACCAAACACCAGCAAACAAGAUCUUCUUGAGAUAUUAGGAGAUAUUUUUGCUAAUCCUGAUGAAGGCUGUACAAUCUUGCAGGUGGUCGCUACAGAACGGAUGCCAAUCUUGCCUGCAGUGAUGGGACUGACGCUACACAGCAUCAAUAUGAGUCUAGACAUGACCAUGGCGCACAUGCACGUGCAGCUGAUGUUUGGCUCUGGGAGGGUGUGCAACGGAAAGCUUGACCCAUCUGGCACCGUCGCCAUCAGCAUCAAGACCGUUACACAAGUCUGCGUGCUGGACUGGUGGCACCCCCGAUACCCCCACUCCUCCUCCAUCAUCCGACGAGGAGAUGAUUCUUAGUGUUAAUAAAGUACUUUAUUACUGUU